GUCGGUGACAUGAACGCGUUCGGUGACCCGCUCUUGAGGCAAAGGAGCAGCCUUUCCACGGCCUCGUGUGCCAGUCAUUCGCUUGAAAGCUGAUCAGGGUUGAGUUCUAUUAGGCUUUCAAGUAUCCCGCCAGCGCCGACGACGGGUACAACUUCCUCACUCAGCCUCCAAUGCCUAUCCCGACCAUAAAGCGAGAAUCCAUGCGCUGGGGCGAGAGAGCAGAGGGAACGUGAGCUUAGGCAGCCAUAUCUUUCCAUCAGCAAACAGGUCAUUAUCAGUCACCAUGCCGCGAAUUACUACUUGGAACGUCAAUGGCAUCAGGAACCCAUUUGGGUAUCAGCCAUGGAGGGAGAAACGGACAUUCGAGGCCAUGUUCGACAUACUGGAGGCAGACAUAAUCAUCUUCCAGGAGACGAAGAUUCAGCGUAAAGACCUCAAGGACGACAUGGUUCUGAUUCCUGGCUGGGACGUUUACUUCAGUCUUCCCAAAUACAAAAAAGCAGGUUACUCCGGGGUGGUAAUCUACACGCGGAAUGCCACGUGCUGCCCCAUACGUGCAGAGGAGGGCAUCUUUGGCGUUCUUUGUCCUCCAGACUCAAGCACCAAAUUCCGAGAUUUGCCUAAAGAGCAACAGAUUGGCGGCUAUCCAACCGCUGAGCAGCUUUCCAGCGACAUCGAUGAAGCCACACUCGAUUCAGAAGGCCGAUGUGUGAUCCUCGAAUUUCCUGCAUUCGUGCUCAUUGGCACGUACAGUCCCGCCAACCGCGAUGAAUCAAGACAAGAGUUUCGCCUGGGCUAUCUCUCUGCACUGGAUGCGAGGGUGCGCAACCUUGUUGCCGCGGGUAAGCAGGUCAUUUUGACAGGUGACCUGAACGUCAGCCGAUCCGAGAUUGAUACGAUUAACCUUUCUGAGCAACUGCGCAAAGAGGACAUGACAAUGGACGACUGGAUGGCCAUUCCCUCGCGACGGCUCUUCAAUCAGCUUCUUUUCGAGGGUCAAGUUCGUGGAGAUCGCGAUCCUGGGCGCGAGCAACCCGUACUUUGGGAUAUUUGUCGCUGCUUCCAUCCAGAUCGUAAAGGCAUGUUUACGUGUUGGGAUACCAAGCGGAACACGAGACCAGCCAACAACGGCGCACGCAUUGAUUACUUGUUAUGCUCCGCGGGCAUCAAAGAUUGGUUCAUCGACUCCAACAUACAAGAAGGACUCCACGGCUCAGAUCAUUGCCCAGUCUAUGGUACUCUGGGGGACACGGUCAAGGUUGACGGCCAGGGAUGUCCAUACACUUGA